CGUAUUUUUUAUUUUUAUUAUUUCAGGUGGUGAGAUAGAUGAUAGGGAGGCUUAGACGUGGAAGAAGUCAGGUAGCUUCUCUCUCUUUUUAUGGCGGUGGCUCACAGGCUUUCCUUCUUCUUCUGUCUCUUGAGAUAAACCAGUUAAGACAAUUCCUAGAAGCUUCGUCGGAAAAUCGGUCCGGUCGGUGGUCGGUGAUCGGAGCUCUGGUCGCCGGCGGACGAGACAAGGCAGAGUGUUUGUUUUUUGUUUGUUGUUGUCACGUAAGAGAGAAGCGAGCGUGUCUGGAUUGAUACAAAGAGAAAAGAAGAAAAAAUGAAUGGGAAUAGCAAUGGAUUUGGGAGUGGGGCGGCGGUGGUGGCGAGUGAGUAUGUAAGGAGACAUCAUAGGCAUGAGAUAGGGGAGAAUCAGUGUAGUUCAGCUCUCGUUAAGCACAUCAAAGCUCCUGUUCCUCUCGUUUGGUCUUUGGUGAGGAGAUUUGACCAACCACAGAAGUAUAAACCCUUUGUCAGCCGCUGUGUUGUGCAGGGAAAUCUUGAGAUUGGGAGUCUCAGAGAAGUUGACGUCAAGUCAGGGCUUCCGGCCACUACAAGUACUGAACGACUGGAACUCCUUGAUGACGACGAGCAUAUCCUCAGCAUCAGGAUUGUUGGUGGCGAUCACAGACUUAAGAACUACUCUUCAAUCAGUUCCCUCCAUCCAGAGAUCAUUGAUGGAAGACCUGGGACUCUAGUCAUUGAAUCCUUUGUGGUGGAUGUGCCUGAGGGCAACACCAAGGAUGAGACUUGCUACUUUGUGGAAGCUUUGAUCAAGUGCAAUCUCAAAUCACUUGCAGAUGUCUCAGAGGGGCUAGCAGUGCAGGACCGGACAGAACCCAUCCAUCUCUAAAUGUUGGGUUUGAGGAGAUAAGGUGGUAGCUAUAGUUGCCAUGGAUGAAGCUUCGGAGGCUUUCAUAUCUUGGAGGCUUUAGAGAUGGACUGGCAAUUGUGGGUCUUCCAUCUUCCAGACACACUCACAGUGCAUUCCUUCUAUUUGUUAUGCUCUCUCCUUUUGUUUUUAACAUUAUGUGCUGGAUUUUCCUGUCUUUUAGUCGAUCAAGAACCACAAUUGUUAUAAAAGUUUCUUCUGUUGAAGGAUGAAAAAAUGUGAAAAAGAACAGAAAAAAGAAGGAAAAGAAUGGACUAGGUUGCUGUCCAUCUGAUCCAGAGUUUUGUGAUUGUGGUAUUUAAUGGUUGUACAUAAAGGUGCUGAAAAAGAGUGGGUUUUUCAA